CGUUCGUCGAGAUGGAUAUCCUUUCCUUUGUUGCCGGGCUCUUAUGUGAUGAGACAAAGUGACAGCGGGGUUUCGCUUUCGAAGUCGCCAUUUUUUUCUGUGCUUCAGCUCAAAGAAAUUCCCUUGAGCCUCGUCCUCCGGGCUCCGUCGGGACAGAUCCGCCGUAUUCUUUCCUUUUAUCUCCCCAUCUGGCGAGUGAAAACAAUAGCAGCAAGAUGCGGAUUGCAUGAGGAGCAGAAGCCGGCUGUUCGGCCUAGGCAAUAUACUAUCAUUGGUUUAAAAUUAAAGCUUCCGGAAAUUGAGGUAGAGGGCACACAACAUUUUCUAACUGCUUUCACUUUAUGUUAUUCAAUGGGUAGCUGGAAGACUGGGUAUGACAAAGUGACGAAGCGGAAUAAGAGUUCAGAAUUUUUUCUCUAGGAAAUUAAAUUUGAAAUUCCCCAGGGAGGGAGGAUUGGUGGAUGAAUUGUUUCCUGAGGAGCAAAUGGCACCAAUUUAUUUCAUCAUUGUUGCUUUUCCUUGCAUGGCUGGAGCCAUUGCUUUGGCAAUAUUUCAUAUAUACAGACAUCUUCUGAAUUAUACCGAGCCUACUUAUCAGCGAUACAUAGUUCGCAUAAUAUUCAUGGUUCCGGUUUAUGCUCUAAUGUCUUUCCUGUCCCUUGUCUUAAGCGAGAGAUCAAUCUAUUUUAAUUCUAUCCGGGAAGUGUAUGAAGCUUGGGUCAUUUAUAAUUUUCUGUCUCUGUGCCUGGCAUGGGUGGGUGGCCCAGGCGCUGUUGUGCUAAGUUUAAGUGGUCGAGUCCUGAAGCCAUCAUGGUAUCUCAUGACAUGUUGCUUCCCUGCUGUACCAUUGGAUGGACGUUUCAUACGGAGGUGCAAGCAAGGUUGUUUACAGUUUGUGAUUCUGAAGCCCAUCUUAGUCGCAGUUACAUUUAUAUUCUAUGCCAAAGGAAAAUAUGAAGAUGGAAAUUUCAGCGCGAAACAAGCUUAUCUAUAUGUCACCAUUAUUUAUACAAUCUCAUACACAACCGCGCUUUAUGCCUUGGCACUAUUCUAUGUGGCAUGCAGAGAUCUGCUUCGGCCUUUCCAUCCAGUUCCAAAGUUUAUCAUGAUUAAGUCUGUUGUUUUUCUAACUUAUUGGCAGGGUGUCCUUGUUUUUCUUGCAGCAAAGUCCAGCUUCAUAAAGAAUGCUGAAGAAGCUGCUGAGCUUCAAAAUUUUAUAAUUUGUGUGGAGAUGCUUAUUGCAGCUGUUGGUCAUCUUUAUGCAUUUCCGCACAAAGAGUAUGCUGGUGCAAACAUUGGGGCCUCAAGUGGUUUGACAGGAAGCCUCGCACAUGCUCUAAAGUUCAAUGACUUCUACCAUGAUGCGGUACAUCAGUUUGCCCCUACUUAUCAUGACUAUGUACUUUACAACCAUACCGAAGGUGAUGAGGGAACAAGGAAAUACAGAUCCCGCACUUUUGUGCCAACAGGUCAGGAGAUGGAUACUGUGAGAAGAAAUAAACACAUGCUCAUGAACAGAAUUGAUGAUAUACAGCUAUCUAGUCUUUCGUCUUCUGGCACCAGCACUCCAAAGAAUUCUGGAGCAGCACUGGAUUCCUCAGACCCAGAAGCUAUGAAAUCUUCCUUACUUAUGCAUGGCUCUAAUGCUUUUGCUCAGACAUACGACCUCUCACUUAUAGACAUGGAUUUGUCCAGCUACUCUUCAAAGGUUCCUGCAGCCAAUGAUUUUGGUGCCAGGUGAUGACAAAAACUGCCAGCAGAAAUUUUCUAUUUUGUGUUGCCGCGGCUUGUAAAACUAGGCUCAACCAUGUAUUCUUAUAACCUUUCAGUUUAGGUAUGUUGAGUGCCUCGUAGUUUAGUUUACCCCUUCAUUGUUUCCAUUUUUACUCGGGGAUUUGUGGAUAUGGAUGUUAGGCUUGUACAUGUAGUCAUUUACCUUGGUUGCUAUUCAGUUAUCAUUACAGGUUUGUUUUAUCAUUAGUUCUGUCCA